AUGUCUCACCUGAAGGACGGACUGUCCAUUAAAUCUCAGUUCAGCGUCUUCACUGCUUUGGUUUUCCAUCACACUGCUGUCUUUCUAUUUCUAACAAGCAGCUGUGAAGGUCAGUCUCAGCUGAUUGGUCCACCUCAGCCAAUAGUGGCAAUACUUGGUGAAGACAUCAUUUUGCCGUGCCACCUGGAACCUGCCAUGGAUGCUGUUGCCAUGACAGUGGAGUGGGCGAGACCUGACCUGAAGCCCAAAUUUAUCUACGUGUGGCGUGAUGGUGUGGGUCUUCUAGUUGAUCAAAACCCAUCUUACAAGGACAGAACAUCUCUGUUCAUUAACAAACUGAACCAUGGAGACGUUUCACUGAAACUCUCUGAGGUCAAACUCUCUGAUGAGGGAAGAUACAGAUGCUUCAUUCCCUCGAUACGGAGAGAAACCUUCAUACAGCUCAAUGUUGGUUCAGUCUCCUCUCCUGUCCUUGGGAUUAACAAAGAUCCCAGUGGAGUGGUUUUAGAGUGUGAAAGUAAAGGCUGGUACCCAGAGCCUGAGCUGUUUUGGCUGGACGCUGAGGGAAAGCUCCUCUCUGCUGGAGCUCCAGAGACAGUCAGAGGUCCUGAUGGCCUCUAUACUGUCAGCAGUAGAGUGACUGUGGAGAAGAGCCACGGCAACAGCUUCACCUGCAGGGUUCAGCAGAGCAAAAUACAGCAAACCAGGGAGACACAGAUUCACAUUCAAGGUGAUUUCUUCAUGGACAUAACUACAGCUGAUUGUAGUUGUUCCACUGAACAUAUCGUCAUUGGCUUUGCUGUUGUCUUCUUGUGUAUUAGCUUUGCCUUUUUUGUUUAUAAAUGGAGACAAAACAAAAUUGAGACCAAGACCCAGGAGAGAGAAGGAGAGAAGACUGAAUCUGUGAGAAACAACGUAGAACUUGAGGUUCUGAUGGAAGGAGAAAGAAACAGAGAACAAGUCAGUGCAGAAAGUGACACAACGAAGAAUCUGGACACAAAAAAUGCAAAACUUGAAAAGCAACAGAAGAAAGAGAAUAAAGAGAAACAGAUGGAACCCGGAGAAACAAACAGAGACACAAAUGACAGCUGAAGCAGGGAGAG